AGUAUCAAGUAAAGUCGGACUAUAUCGUGAAGCAGCAGAAAAUAACCCUGAACGCUGGAAACACCAGACUUACGGCCAGUCGUGUUGUGCGUCUCACAGUGAUAACUAGUGACAUCAAACAUGGUCCUGGAUACAGAAGAUUGGGCUGAUGAGCUCCCUGCAGAACAGAUUGCCGUGUUGCGCAAGGCUUUCGAUGGCUUCGACCACAAUCGCUCGGGCAGUAUUCCUUGCGACUUCGUCGCUGACAUCCUCAGGAUGAUGGGGCAGCCCUUCAACAAGAAGAUCUUGGAGGAGCUCAUUGAAGAAGUCGACGCUGAUAAGUCGGGCCGUCUCGAGUUCGGAGAGUUCGUUACCCUCGCCGCUAAGUUCAUCGUGGAGGAAGACGCUGAAGCCAUGCAGAAGGAACUUAGGGAGGCUUUUAGAUUGUAUGACAAAGAAGGUAACGGUUACAUUCCCACGUCGAGUCUGCGGGAGAUCCUUAGGGAGUUGGACGAGCAGCUAACAGACGAGGAACUCGACGGCCUUAUCCAGGAGAUCGACACAGACGGCAGCGGCACGGUAGACUUUGAUGAAUUCAUGGAAAUGAUGACAGGAGAAUAAGCAUCUAUUUCUCUCUUCUUCUAUAUAAAUCUAUAAUUUAAGGCAUCUCUACACUUCGGUACUUCAACCUUUCGAAUCUUGGGAACAUUGGACGAGAUCAUCGUAACAUUAAGCUGAUGGAAGUGCAUCAAUUUCAUCCGUAAAAUAAAGUAUUAUGUAUGUAUUGUACAAAAUAAUAUUUGUUCUUGUUUAAUUGAUGUGUGUGACUGCGUAAUGUUUAUACCUACUUAUUAAUAAAUCUUUUAUUCUACUA